AUGUCGUUCUCUUCCCUCGUUCAGGACAUUGCCUUCCGCGACUCGCAGUCGCAAACCAAUGCGCGGACAAGUGCCAGCAAUGUCAGCAACAAUGACACCCAGUCUACCAUCUCUCGGCCAUCACAGGCUCGCUCAUACACAUCUACCGCCGCCACCAGCGUGAGCAUUGCAGGCGAUAUCUCCAGUCAACUGCACGCUGGCUACAGUCAUCCACUUGCUAGAUCAUGGCAAGCAGAGAGACAACUAACAAAGUCAAUGCUCAUCUAUCCACUCUUCAUUACCGACAACCCUGACGAAAUAACUGAGGUCCCUUCCCUCCCAAAUCAAAAGCGCCUCGGCCUCAAUAAACUUGUCCCUUUUCUCGCACCUCUUGUGCAAAAGGGUCUACGCUCCGUCAUUCUCUUUGGCGUCCCCCUCGCCCCCGAUGCGAAAGAUGCUCUAGGCACAGCAGCCGAUGAUCCGGAAGGCCCCGUCAUAAAAGGCAUUCAGCUCAUUCGUCGACACUUUCCUCAACUAUAUGUGGUCGCAGACGUUUGUCUCUGCGAGUACACCUCGCACGGCCACUGUGGAAUUCUCCGCGAUGACGGCUCCUUGAAUAACGCGAUGAGCGUUGAGCGCAUCUCCGAUGUUGCUUUGGCGUAUGCUCAUGCUGGCGCUCACUGUGUGGCACCUUCUGACAUGAACGACGGUCGCAUUCGCGCCAUCAAAUUGAAGCUUAUCGAGGCUGGGCUGUCACACCAAGUCACCUUGAUGAGUUAUGCGGCCAAAUUCUCCGGUUGCUUGUACGGGCCUUUCAGGGAUGCGGCAGGAUCGUGCCCGAGCUUUGGCGAUCGGAAAUGCUAUCAGCUCCCUCCCGGUGGCCGGGGUCUUGCUCGUCGAGCCAUCACACGAGAUAUCCAGGAGGGAGCAGAUAUCAUCAUGGUGAAACCCGCUUCAUCCUUUCUGGACAUUAUAUCGGAUGCCAAGGAAAUUGCAAAGGAUAUGCCCAUCGCCGCAUAUCAGGUUAGUGGAGAAUAUGCCAUGAUCCACGCCGGGGCCAAAGCGGGCGUAUUUGAUCUGAAGACCAUGGCUUUUGAGAGUACUGAAGGUAUCUUACGAGCCGGAGCAGGAAUUGUGGUCAGUUAUUUUACACCGGAGUUUUUGGAUUGGCUCAGCGUUUAA